UGAAGAAAGACAUAUAUAUGGUAAAAUAACAUCCUGCUUUGACUGAAAACAAGAACCAAAUUGAGAGCGGGACUGAACUCGGGGACCUAAAGCUGGUCAUUGGAGAAAUUUGAAAAACGGAAUUCAUUCUGUGGUGUUUUUACAGUUUUAACCGUUUUAAUUCCUCUCGAAUCCGGAUAAGUACAUUUCAUCCAGCGCUCGCCCCAGAGUUGUCGUCCUCGCGCCUCCAUGUAUAAAAUGGAUUACUCCUACCUGAACUCAUAUGACUCGUGCAUGGCGGCCAUGGAGGCAUCGGCCUACGCGGACUUCAGCUCGUGCAGUCAGGCCAGCUCGUUCCAGUACAACCCGAUCCGGACCGGGUUCGGUGCCAACCCGGGAUGCGCACCUCUGAGCACCGCUAGCUGCACACUGGGGUCCCUUCGGGAGCACCAGCCCACACCCUACUCCACAGUUCCAUACAAGUUCUUCUCCGACCCAUCCGGUUUAAACGAGAAGCGGAAACAGCGGCGCAUAAGGACCACCUUCACGAGCUCACAGCUGAAGGAGCUGGAGCGCGUGUUCGCGGAGACCCACUAUCCCGACAUCUACACGCGCGAGGAGCUUGCGCUCAAGAUCGACCUUACUGAGGCGCGGGUGCAGGUGUGGUUCCAGAACCGGAGGGCUAAGUUCCGUAAGGUGGAGCGUGCGGCCAACUCUAAAUCCAAUGGGACUGGGGGCCCAGGAGGGAACAAUGGCAAUGCUGGGGGGAAAAAGGGUGAGCCCAGAUCUUCCUCAGAUGAUGACGAAUCAAAAGAGUCCACCUGCAGUCCCACCCCUGACAGCACCGCCUCGCUGCCCGGCUCAGCCAAUGGGAACAUGGGUAGCCCUGCCAGCCUCAGCCCCAGCCCCGCCCCUGCUAAUGGUGGCUACGCCAACACCUCCAGCUCCCCCGUUCUACAGGGGCUCAAAUCCCCUGGCUGGCCCACCCUAGGCCCCGCCCACCCAGGAAUGGCCCAACCCGCAGCCCAAGCUCCAGAGCUGCUGAAGGCGUGGCAGCCUGCAGACAGUAUGACAGGGCCUUUCGCUGGCGUGCUCUCCUCCUUCCACCGGAAACCCAAUGCUCUCAAGACUAACCUGUACUAGAGACAAGGAGCA